AAAAAUGAUUGUUGGCUUUUCUGACUGGAUCCUGUCAUCACACUGGUAAUGUGUAUUUGGGUUUGUUUUCGAUCACGUGGGCGAUACGGGUAACAUUUUGCCCUAUUGAGUUAAUUGACAAUGUCAGAGAGGGCGAGCGAUUCUGCGACAGGUGUCAAGCAAGAACAAGUUCCAAGUGCGAAAAAAGAACGCUACGACCCCGAAGAAUAUAAACUGAGAAAACGUUUGCCAGCUCGACUUCCUUCGCGACCUAACGACGUCUAUGUCAAUACCAAAACAAAUUUCAAAGCGCAACUUGCCCGCUGUUUCAAAUGCUUGGAAACUUCAAAUAGUAUUCAUAUUCAUGGUCUGGGAGCAGCAGCCCCCAAAGCAAUCAAUCUAGCACUACAACUACAACUGAAAUCUAACACUCCAUUGGAACAUUCAGUUACAACCUCAACAGUUCACCUGAUUGAUGAUUUUGAGCCUCAAUACGACUCUGGAGACUUCUACUCUAAAGAAAGACAAAAUUCUGCAGUCCACAUUAAAGUUUACAAGUUGAUAAACAUGGAUAUGGAUAACAAUAAAAAUGUUUUUCUCCUUAAAAGAGACCACUCGUCUACUCGGCCUGACUCCUAUAGAGAUUUGGCUUCAUACUGUGGGUUUCACUGUGUUUUCUAUUUUCUUUGUGUUGAAAACAGAAUCUGUUUUGGCAUUCAAUUGGUGGUUAGUUUUCUCCCCUUUAUUUGCUGCUGAUGGUGUACAUUGCUAUUUUGUGUAUGUGGUGCUCUUAAGGAUGCUUCUUGCAGGGAUGUACAAGGCAGCUCCAUUAAGAGCUUUGUGGAGCUGUACCAUUCUUGGCCUACAUUUUGCGUUCAAA